UCGCUGAACAUUUAUAAAUUGAUCAAGUAAGUGAGUGACAAAAAAAAAAAUAAAUUUGUUUUUUUAAAAUGAUAGUAUCUUUGAGCCAAUUUAUCUUUAGGCAUAUAAUAAAAAAUAUUGAAUCAACUGCAAAAUUAUCAACAAUGUCAAGUCAAAUAUCUCUAGAUGAACGUAUAUUAAAAUCAGUACGUCGUAUUGUCCCGUCAUUGGCAACAACAAAAUACAAAGGUCAAGAUGGUCGUAUUGGAAUAUUUGGUGGUAGUACAGAAUAUACAGGAGCACCAUAUUUUGCAGCAAUGAGUGCAUUUAGAACUGGUGCUGAUUUAGUACAUAUAUUUUGUUCAAAAGAUGCUGGUUCAGCAAUUAAAUCAUUUAGUCCAGAGCCAAUUGUUCAUCCAAUUCUUGAUCAUCAUGAUGCAUUGAGACAGAUAAAACCUUGGCUUGAUAGAUUUCAUGUUAUACUCAUUGGACCAGGUCUUGGUAGAGAUGAAAAAAUAUUUAAAGUUGUUGUUGAAUUAAUUAAUUUAUGUAGAGAUUUAAAAAAACCAUUAAUUAUUGAUGCUGAUGGACUAUUUUUGGUAUGUCAAAAACCAGAUUUAAUAAAAGAUUAUCCAGGUUUAAUAUUAACACCAAAUGCUAUGGAAUUUAGUAGACUUGUUAAAUCAUUUCUUGAUAGAACAGUACAACCAGCACCAGUUGUUAAAAUAUCUGAAUUAAAACAUUUAGCUGAUGCUAUUGGUAAAAAUGUUGUUAUUAUAAAUAAAGGAGCAAAAGAUGUUAUUGUUGAUGGAUUAAAAGGUACAGAUGCAAUAUCAUGUACUGUAUCUGGUUCUGGUAGACGUUGUGGUGGUCAAGGUGAUCUUUUAGCUGGUUCAUUAGCUGUAUUUUGGUGGUGGGCAAUAAGUGCUGGUCCAAGUGAAAUGGCAUUAUCAGCACCAGUAACUGCUUGUUAUGCUGCUUCAAGAUUAACAAGAGAAUGUAAUGCUGCUGCUUUUAAAGAAAAACAAAGAGGAAUGCUUACAACUGAUAUGCUUGAACAUGUUCAACCUGUAUUUGCAAGACUUUAUGAAAGCCAAUCUCCAAAAUCACCAAUUUUAAUUGGUAAAAUUCGUUCUAAAAUUAUGGAUGCAUAAAAAUUGAAUUUAAAAAUUUUAUAUUUUUUAAUAAUAUUAUUUUUGAUAUACUAUAUUAUUUAUUUAUAUUUUGAUAAUAUACUACAAUAUAUGUCGAAAAUAAAUGCUCAUUUAAUCUCAAUUUAGUAGUCUUUAAAAUUAUUUUUUUUUGAAAUAUAACAUAGCAAGAUUAAAAAACAAGAAAGAAUUUAUUUAUCAAAUCAAUUAAUCUUCAUCAAUUUGUAAAAUUAUUUUUAUUUUAUAAUAUAUUGAAUCUUUUGUAA